AUGCUGAAGAUGAUGACGGCAACUGCAUCUUCUAAUGGCAGCAAACGUAUGCCUUCUCUUCACUCUACUGUUGUUGUUCUCUUCAACAAUUACUCAGCCUUGUUUCAUUUUCAACCCUCAAAUUCGAAGCCAAAUAAAUCUAGAAACACCCAGCCAAAGCAGUUUGGUGUGAGAGACCCAACCACUGUCGCAAAUCUUGAGCAUGCUUUCAAUGUGUUCGAUGAAAUGCUUCACAAGCGUCCUUUGCCUUCGGUUUUCCGUUUCAAUCAAAUCUUGGGACAAGUUGCGAAAUUGAAACAUCAUUCGGCCGGCAUCUCCAUGUAUAACCAAAUGGGUUUGUCGGGAGUUGGACCUAGUGUUUGUACUCUAACUAUUGUCAUUAAUUGCUAUUGUCAUCUCAACCGAAUGGGGUUUAGUUUUUCUGUCUUGGGACAACUCUUUAAAUCUGGGUUUGAACCAAGUGUCUGUACGUUCAACACUCUAAUGAACGGCUCUCUUACCGAGAAUAGAGUGGCUGAGGCUGCAGAAAUUUUCAACAAAAUGAUGAAGACAGGUAAUUGUAAGCCUAGUGUGGUUACUUUCGGUACACUAAUAAAGGGUUUCUGUAGAAUGGGUAACAACAAUGCAGCUAUCCAAUUGCUGAGGAAGAUGGAGGAAGGAGCUUGCAACCCUGACCUAGUCAUCUAUAACACGAUCAUAGACAGUCUUUGUAAGGAUACACUAAUUGUGGAUGCAUUGAACCUCUUCUCUGAAAUGAUGAGCAACGGUAUUUCCCCAAAUGUCAUCACCUAUACAUCCUUGAUUCAUGGGGUUUGCAGAUUAGGCAAGUGGAAAGCAGCUACAAGGUUGUUGAAUGAAAUGGUGUGUAGAAAUAUCUCUCCAGAUGUGCACACCUUCAGUAUCUUGGUAGACGCACUUUGUAAGGAGGGGAUGGCUGAGGAAGCGCAAACUGUGGUCGAAAUGAUGAUUGAAAGAGAUAUUGAACCUAAUACAGUUACGUACAAUUCACUUAUGGAUGGUUACUGUUUACGAGGAGAAAUGGACAAGGCGAAAAAGGUUUUUGAACUAAUGCUUUGCAAGGACUCCAUGACUGAUGUUCGUAGUUAUACCACAUUGAUAAAUGGAUAUUGUAAACGUAAAAUGAUGGAUGAGGCCAUGAUGAUUUUCUUGGAAAUGUCUCGUAGAGGAUUGGUUUCUGAUACCGUUACAUAUACCACUCUUAUACAUGGUUUCUGCAAACUAGGGAGAAUACAUGAUGCCGUUCCUCUAUUUUGCAGGUCACGCUCCCUUCCGAGGCACCAG